AUGGACGACCCUCCCUUCAUUUCACCAGGCCUCUCACUCCAACGAGCCGAGGUAGGCGAUGUACCCCACAUCCAAUCCAUCAUCAAUGAAGCCUACGCGAAAUACAUUCCACGGAUGAACAAACCCCCAGCCCCAAUGACGACAGACAACGGAUCCCUUCUCGCGUCGCCAGACCAUUCAAUCUUCGUCCUCCGGUCAAUCAACAAAGAAAUAGUCGGCGCGCUAAUCCUAUACCACGGAGACAACACGGAUGAGGUGCAGAUUGACAACGUCGUCGUUGACUCACAAGCCCAAGGCCGCGGAUACGGCAAAGUGUUAAUGCGUUACGCGGAAGACUUUGCGAAAUGCCGCAGGCGCAUCGCCCUCAUACUGUACACAAACGUGGUUAUGGUGGAGAAUUUGGCUUUGUAUCCCAAGAUGGGCUUUGUAGAGACUGAGAGACGGACAGAGGAAGGAUUUGAACGUGUGUAUUUUCGUAAAGAGCUAUUGUAA